CUAUCAUCCCUAUGUGUGUCAGUAGAUAGCUACACAUAUAACUUCUCUUCAAAAUUUAAAUUUGUUUGGAUUUUUCGUCAAGAUGGCUUCUGCAGCAGGCAAGAAAGGCAAAAAGAAUAAAGGCACCGUAAUUUCGCUGCAAUCGUUCCUUUCCAAUGGCGAUACACCUUCUGGAACAACACAGGUUUCCAAGAAGGUACGAAAUCUAGAUGGCGACGAUAGUGAUGACGGUAGCCACUCGUUACCGUUAGUCUAUCAAUUACCGACCGCCCCGCGAGCGAAUCGGAUAUUCGACGACGAUUCGAUUCCACACAGGCCGCCCUUCAUAGCUUAUAUUAAUAAUUUACCGUUCGAUGCCGGAGAGGAUGAUAUAUACGAAUUCUUUGGAUCAAUUAAUUUAGCUUCCCUGCGCUUGCCACGGGAAGAUGGUGAAACGGGCCGUUCCCGUGGAUUUGGCUAUGUUGAACUGGAGAGUCGGGAAGAUCUGAUUCACGUGCUUAGUCUGCCAGAUCCCUCGAUAAAGGGGCGACGCAUUCGCAUCGAACUCUCCAAUGAGAACGAUCAACAGAAUCGCCAGAAGGGCAAUCGUCGCUUCGAAGGAUUCGGCAAUAGUAAUGAGAACCGUGAUUUCGGCAAUUGGCGGCGUGAUAGUCAAAAUAAUGGAAGUAACUUUGGCGGAUAUUCGGGGAAUUUCGAUCGUGGUUUCAAUCGCGAACGAAAACCGAUCGCAGAACGAGAGGAAAAUAAUACUCCGGGCUCAUGGCGUACAAAUAGCCGUCAGCAAUCGUCGGAUUUCUCUCCGCCGAGAAGGGGAGGGGAUCGCAAUGACAUGGAGAAAUAUCGGUCACGAAACAUGGAUUCCAAUGUUCGAGACGAUGGGGCGGGAUCUGCUUCGACGGAGGAGAGGCCAAAGCUAAAUCUGAAGCCUCGAACGUUACCUUUGCCGGAGAUGGUGCAUAAACCCGAAAUGGAACAACAACAGCAACAACAUGACAACGACAGCGACACAAAAGUGGUCAAUGUUAAGCAGAGUUCCGUAAAUGUCUUUGGAUCGGCGAAGCCCGUAGAUACUGCCACAAGAGAGCUUGAGAUUGAGGAGCGCUUGGCGGAGGCACGUCGCCAGGAGAAGGUGCGCUACGAUGAGGACGAGGCGGCUGCUGUCAACGAGAAGCUGUCUGAGGUGCAACUGGACAAGCAACACGAUAGUGAAAAUGCCAAUGCGGCAACAGUCAGCUGGCGCCGCAUCCACGAUCCCUCGACCAGUGAUGAUACCAAAGUUAGUCCAGGAGUGAAGGGUGAAAGACGUAACGAAGAUCAUGAUCAUAAUAAUAAAUUUAAUAAACCGCGGGACCGAAAUGACAGAUCUGAGAAUGCUAAAGCAAAAAAUAACCAGAACCAUGAAGCAAAAACUAGGGAAGAAAAUAAAAAUAAACGAGAUCCUCGAAGUGAACAAUUUCAGGCCAAGCAUGCAGCCCAGCAGGAUGAACCUGUCUUUCAGUCUUCCAACAAAUAUUCUGGACUUGGAUAUUCAUCCGAAUAAAAACUAUUUCUAUAUUUGUAAUAAAUGAUUAAAAGAAAAUAAUUAACAAAUACAUUUUACAACAAGUUUAAAAUAAAAUCACAUUACUGAAACAAAAACAAAAAU